CUCGACCAGCAGACAGCAGAGGGACUCCAAAGGGCUGACAAAGGGUCAACAGAAGAUCUGAAGAAAUCCACUUGCCCAGACAGCCGCCAUCCAUCACUGGAGCUGAAGAAUUACCAGAAGACAUAGUGGUGUUCCUCGGUGUCCUGAUACCCAUGAGAAAAAAGACCUAUCAACUCUAAUCUUCAAAAGGAUUUAAUAACUACACCACUUUGCUAAAAUGAAGGCAUUCAGCAUUGCAGUUGCAGUGACACUCGUGCUCGCCUUUAUUUGCAUUCUUGAGAGCUCUGCCCUCCCAUUCAGCGAGGUGCGAGAGCUGGAGGAGGCAGGGAGCAAUGACACUCCAGUUGCGGCACAUCAAGAAAUGUCAAUGGAAUCGUGGAUGAUGCCAAGUCACACAAGGCAGAAGCGUCAGAGCCACCUCUCCCUGUGCCGCUAUUGCUGCAAAUGCUGCAAGGCCUACAAGGGCUGCGGUUUCUGCUGCAAGUUCUAGCGAUUCCCGCAACAUCCAAGAAAUAUUAAUUUAUUACGCUUUUUGGUCUCAUUCCAAGAAAUACAUAUUCCUUGACCUCUUUCUUCAUGCAUUGCCUGUGCUACACUGUUAAGUAUCUUUUUUUUUUCAUGAAUCAUGGAAGAGCACUGGGAAAUAUGUAGAGCUAUUCUUUGUAUUUAUUUAGUAUGUUUUAAUAUUUUCAACCUGUGAGUCUUUUUGUAAGCUCAAUGAUGCAUACAUUUGUUUCUUAAAAACAAUUCUGAUGUGAAUAUUUCUUGUUCUUUUAAAUGAAGUCUACUAGUUUACUUGGUGUCGAAUAAAUAAUGAACAUUUGAAGCAGGUGCACUAACAUUUGUUUGAUUGUUAA